GGAAUCGUUUUCUCGCGCGAUAUGCAGAUAAUAACAGUCGUUUCGCCGUUCAAGUGUUGGCAUUUUAAAAAGGAAUCAUUGUGGGCGGAAUUUUAAAAUAAAACGAAAAUAAGUAACUGAAAUUUCUGCUAGGCAGUGCUAUGACGGAUGUUCCCAAAAGAUUCAAUGAGCACGAUGAGAAUGGACUUAACGAUACCGAAUUGCUUGAAGCUUCGGUUAGCUCAAGGUGCAGGGAUAAAGAUUCGUCUGAAGAACGUUACACGAGAGCCACUAGAAGCUUUCAGCCCAAAAGAGUAUCUGAACUGCCACCUUUGGAAUCAGAAUCGGAUUCAGAUGACGAUAAUAAGUAUUUGAAUUGUGCAAUCUUGAAUGACUCUUUCCUGCUAACACCUUCGAAGGGUAUCGACGAGAUGGGAAGUGAAACAAAGGCAGCAGAACCGAUGGCAACUCCAUCACAGAAGGGAAACAACACCGAAAGGCCUGCUCGACAAAAAUUAGAAGACAAGUUGAUUGAAGCGGCGAGUGUUUCUUACAAGCGUGUUCCAUUGCUUGAUCGCUCUCAACUGGACAAACAGUUUAUAAUGUCCACACAGAUUGCUAGGAAACCACCGCAAACAUGGGAUUCAGGUGUGCACAGUUGUGGCUCAUCCGAUUUUUCCAGUUCUGAAAACGCAUUGAAACAUUUACGCAAGGAAACAGAAAUGAUGGUCGACAAAGUUGUAAAAGAACAAAAGGUACAGUCUCCUCAUAGAGAAUGCCAGGAGAUAACAGACAAGAACAAACACAAUUUUGUGACCCCACGAGAGAAGUUUGUUGUGAACCACUUGCGCGGCACGUCGUCCCGUAUGUUAACAUCGACAGCUAGUCGUAAGUCACGCAAUACUAUAGAAAACGAGUUCAAAUCACAGAAAAUUCUAUUUGCUACUCCGGUGGCCACAAGUUUAUCGCGGCCACUGAUGAUGGCUGACGAUAGUCUCUCACUGUCGCUUGUUGAUACCCCGAUAAAAUCAAAGGAGAAAUCCCUAUCCCCUAUUGCGGAGCAAUUGCAACUCAAAAGAGUUUCUACAGAGAAACUAUUUCCACCGUCUGUAUCCUGUGAUAAAAGAUUAUCCCCAGAACCUCCGCCCCCAAUGCGAGGAGCCCUACAGGACAUAAACAAAGGUAAGGACAUAGGGGAACAUUCGCAAGCAAACCCUCUCCCGAUUAUCAACAUUAACGGCAAGCAAUAUCAAGUGCUGAAGAAGCUGGGCCAAGGCGCCUCUAGUGCUGUAUUUUUAACAAAACAAAUGGAUACUGGCGUUGAGUGCGCUGUUAAGUUAGUCAAACUGGAAGGGGACGCAUCUGUUAUAGAAGGUUAUCUAAACGAAACGAAGCUACUGGCGAAGUUGCAAGGAAGCGAGAAUGUUGUGGCGCUCUACGACUACUGCCACAUUCCAGAAGCCAACCAGUUGUUUUUGGUUAUGCAGAAGGGAGACUGCGAUUUGCACCGGAUACUCAUGAGCAGUAAGGAACUUCCGCUGUACUCAUUGAUGCAAAUGUGGUACCAAAUGGUGCAUUGUGUGCAUUAUAUCCACGAACACGGCGUCAUACAUCUCGAUCUCAAACCGGCUAACUUCUUGAUAGUUGGAGGUCGUUUGAAACUGAUCGAUUUUGGAAUCGCGAGUAACAUUUCUCUUGACGCGACGAGUAUUAUGAAGUUUUCCCAGGCGGGAACGUUCAAUUUCAUCAGCCCAGAGGCACUGAUUGAUACGUCCACUGAUAGUAGUCCAGCGAGCAAUCAACCUAAAAUAAAGAUGUCCAAAAAGUCGGAUAUCUGGUCGCUGGGUUGCAUACUGUAUCUGCUGUUGUACAAGAAGACCCCAUUUGCGCACAUCAAGAACGUCUACAAUAAGGUACAUGUUAUCACAAACCCAAACACCGUAAUUGAGUAUCCACCGCUACCCAACUACUAUCCGCCGAUGGUUCUAGAGAUGCUCCAGAGGUGUUUGAGGUACGAUCCCAAGGCCAGAGCUUCAACGGCAGAAUUACUUGAGUACCCAUUUCAUAUGGUGAUACCGUUGAAUAAGAAUUAGAGUGUGAUUGAGGGUGUGUAUUAUUGCGUUCGCGGUCAUAGUCUUCUAAUCGUGUUGCACAUAUAUUUAUCGGCUAAUAUUAACUACAAUGAGUAGACUAGUUGCGCUAGAUUUAUUUUUAUUGCAUCUGAAAAAUAUAGUUAUACACUGAGAAGGGGUGCAAACCUA